AUGACGAAAGCUUACGAAUUCAACUGGAAAAAAGCCGUACCGGAAGCGCUUCUGCAAGGCUGCAUUUUCGAUCGUUGGGAAGAGGAGAAGGAGCAGAUCGUUGUGGAGCAGAACGCGCUGUUCAAAGUCGACGACUGUGGCUUUUUCAUAUUCUGGAAAAGCGACGGAAAAGACGGUUCCGUACUCGAGCUGUCUCAGGUGAACGAUAUCCGACGGGGAGGCGUGCCGAAGGAUCCACGACUUCUACAGGAGUUGCUUGCUAAAUACGGUUCUCACAACUUGGAGGAUAUUUCCUUAACUAUCUGCUCGGGUGCGGAUAUGGUGAACAUCAAUUACACACAUAUCGUCUGCCCCGAUCCUGAAACAGCGAUCACGUGGCAGGCAGGACUCCGCCGAGUGACGAACAACAUAAAGGCAAACAACCUUUGCCCCUCGGUGUGCCUAAUGAAGCACUGGAUUAAGUUAGGGCUCCAAGUGGAUCCGGACGGCAAACUUCCAGUGCGAAGAAUAGCCCAGACGUUUGCGUCUGGCAAAACAGAGAAGCUGGUAUACCAGUGCAUCGGAGAAGUCGGAUUGCCAAAUGGGAAGACGGACGUGAUCGAUCCGGCAGAAUUUCCUGUGGAAAAGUUUGAAGAGCUCUACCUGCGCGUCUGUCCUCGCAACGACAUCGAAGAACUUUUUGAACAGAUAACUCAGGACAAGCAGGAUUUCAUCACGACGAAGCAGUUGGUGAACUUUCUCAACGACAAGCAACGGGAUCCUCGGCUUAAUGAAAUUCUUUAUCCGUUUUACGAUGAACGCCGAGCCAACGAAAUCAUUUCCCGUUAUGAAACCAAUCCGGAGUUCGUUGCCGAGCACAAGUUAAGUCAACAGGGCCUCUGCAGGUAUCUAAUGUCGGACGAGAACGCACCCGUGUUCCUGGACCGGCUCGACAUCUAUAUGGACAUGGACCAGCCUCUUUCGCACUAUUACAUCAACUCGUCUCAUAACACGUACCUGACUGGAAGACAGUUUGGAGGUAAAUCCUCUGUUGAGAUGUACAGACAAGUAUUGAUAGCGGGAUGCCGAUGCGUCGAACUCGACUGUUGGGACGGCAAAGGAGAAGACGAAGAGCCUAUCAUUACCCAUGGGAAAGCUAUGUGUACCGACAUUCUUUUCAGAGAUGUCAUUUACGCAAUCAGAGACUGCGCCUUCUUGACAAGCGACUACCCGGUGAUUCUGUCGUUCGAGAAUCAUUGCUCCAAGAGGCAGCAAUAUAAGCUGGCCAAGUAUUGUUACGAUAUUUUUGGGGAGCUCCUGCUGACUGAGCCCUUGGUAACCCACCCACUGGUGCCCGGAGCGCCUCUUCCGAGCCCUAACGAUUUGAAAAGGAAAAUCCUUAUCAAGAAUAAGCGGCUCAGGCCCGACGAUGAGAGACGCGAGAUGGACCUGUGGCUGAAGGGCCAGCUUCAGAAUGAGGAGAGCGACGGAGAAGCCGAGGAACAUGACGCCUCCAUUAACGUCACAGAGAAGAAGGCCGAAGCCCUUCCGGUGGAAGAGGCCAUGGCCCACUAUCGUUACACGGGAGCGACAACUCACGUGCACCCGUUCCUAUCAUCUCUGGUUAACUACGCGCAGCCAGUCAAGUUCCAAGGCUUCGAUGUGGCCGAGGAGAAAAACGUGCAUCACUGCAUGAGCUCGUUUGCCGAGAACAAUGCUCUCGGCUACUUGAAGUCGCAGGCGAUUGAGUUUGUAAACUAUAACAAACGCCAGUUGUCCCGCAUCUAUCCGAAGGGAACGCGUGCAGAUUCGUCCAAUUUUUUGCCACAGAUAUUUUGGAACGCCGGUUGUCAGAUGGUUGCUCUAAAUUUCCAAACACCAGAUCUUCCAAUGCAGCUCAAUCAAGGCAAGUUCGAAUACAACGGGGGUUGUGGCUACUUGCUGAAGCCCGAUUUCAUGCGGCGGCCUGACAGGACCUUCGAUCCGUUUGCGGAAUCGCCGGUGGACGGGGUGAUCGCGGCGCAGUGCAGCGUUCGCGUGAUCUCCGGCCAAUUCCUCUCGGACAAAAAAGUCGGUACCUACGUCGAAGUAGACAUGUAUGGACUUCCAACGGACACGAUCCGGAAAGAGUGUCGCACGCGCAUCGUGCCAAACAAUGGUUUGAACCCGGUCUACAACGAGGAACCCUUCGUCUUCCGCAAAGUGGUCCUGCCCGACCUCGCCGUGAUCCGGAUAGCCGUGUACGACGAGAACGGAAAAAUGCUCGGCCAACGGAUCCUGCCUAUGGAUGGUCUACAGGCGGGCUAUCGGCACGUGUCACUCCGAACCGAGGGAAAUUUUCCUAUGUCAUUGGCAAUGUUGUUCAUCUGCAUCGAAUUGAAAAUCUAUGUACCUGAUGGCCUGGGCGAUCUAAUGGAUGCGUUAAGCGAUCCCCGGGCCUUCCUCAGUGCCCAGGAGAAACGACUGGUCCAGAUGAGAGCUAUGGGAGUUGAAGAUGCCGACCUUGUGGCUUCCAGGACUUCAUUCUUAUCCACCAGGGACCAAGACAAACAAAACGACGCGCCGAAGCUCGAACCGAUCACGUUGGACCAACUGAAAGCUUCGAAGGAAUUUGUCAAACUCAAGCGUAAACAACAGAAAGAGUUGGAUUCCUUGACAAAGAAACAGUCGAAAGAGAAGCACUCCAUCCAGAAGCAUCAGACGAGUUCCAUAGAGAAAAUGAUUAAACAAUCUGCCAACAAACUCAGUGCCAAUGACGACGCCGUUCAGAGUCUCGUGGGGGACCAUGCUGACCAAUGGAGCGCUCUCAAGGAAAAACACGCGAAGGACUAUUUCAAAUUGUUGAGGGACCACACGGAGCAGCAGGGAGUGGUGUUGAAAGCCCUUUUGGUUCGGGCGCAGCAGAGACAGAUGAAAGCGCUCGACAGCCGUUUUGAAACUGAAAACAAAGCAAUGAAGACCAAACAGGCCCGGGUCUCAGUGGAGACCGCUCGCGAGGUCUCCGGUGACAAGACCCUUCGCAACAAGGCCGAACGCGAGAGGCGUUUACGUGAGAAAAACUCGAACAACACCAAAAAAUUCAUAGAGGAAAGGAAAAGUGCUGCCUUCAAACAGAACCGAGAGCGUGAAAAGGUUAGGAAGGUUCACGAAAAGCAGCUCAACGAUCUCCUGCGAGAGAUAGACAAUAGCCUGGAACGCUACAACGCCACAGAGACCGAAAUUCUCCUCAAUGCUAAAAAAGAAUGCUACGUCUAG